UUGUCCGGCAAAUCCAAUUAUGCGCUUAUGUGCCCGGUCUAAAAAUAGUAGAAAAUGACGGAAAACACAGAAUCAACACGUCACUAGUUGUGAGCGCAGAGGAAAUGAUAUCUGUGGUCUUUGGUCUCUGCAGAGACAAUUGAUCUGUCAUGAGGAAAUUAUGACGAUGAUGAUGGGUAACAAGCUGCCAUGGCAGAUGGGGAUCUGGCGACAAAGGACAGGCGGAUGACAUGGUAGCAGGGGACGUGUAAGAGGAAGGACUAGAUUCACAAGGUGGAUGUCUAAGUGAAAUUAAAGGGAAUAAGGAUGGGAACUUUUGUGACCCUGGCAGAGGUGCUAGAGGCCAGGGGUUCACCACUAGAUGAGGUUGAGGUCUGGUGUCUGCUGCUUGUAACCACUGAGGCCUUACUGGAUGUUUCCAAGAAAGGUUCUGGCAACAUGUGCAGUGUGCUCAGCCCAGGCUCAGUGCUACUGUCCGCUAAUGGGAAUAUGGCCUUUAAGAGCUGUGGGCGAAAUGAUGAUGUGGCCUCCUUCGUGGCUCCUGAAGUUCUUCAGGAUCACACUGCCUCCACAAGAACCACAGCUGAAAAGACACUUGUGUACUCACUGGGCAUGACUUUUUACUGGUGCGUGGAUUAUCAGCUACCUCAAAACCAGCCUGUCCAGCUUAGUGCAGAGCUGGAGGGUUUACUCUUGAGCAUGUGCGAGGACACGGUAUUGAGGCGGAUGGACCUGAUGACAGUACUAGAGACCUGCGAGCUUCACCGCAAGACCUUCAUGCUUCCUCCAGCCGAGCGGCUUGUCAAGCAUCUGGUGGAAGGCAUCUACAGAAACUCGGUUGAUCCUGUGCCAGUGACAGAAAAUGGAUCCCUGCUGAAUGAUCGCAGUCAGGUCAUCAGAGACAAAUUACACAGGCGGUCAUUUUGUAACUCGACAUGGGUAACAAAAAAAAAGAUCUCCAGAACAUUCUCAGGAGCAUCAUACACACCUGAGUCCACAGGGAUCCCCUCGCGAUGCCGACGCACUGAGAGUAACGGGAGCUGGCAGCAGUUCAAUCGCACUGUCUGUAGCCCAUACCUGGAUGGCGGUCGACAUGCUAACUCUAGAUUUCUCGCACAGUUUGAGUCGACAAUGAGUCUGAAUGAGAAAAAAAUGAAGGACAUGGGUCCAGAAUUUAUUAGAAUGUCGGAUGAGCCGGUGGUUGUUUUAGAGCUGCCUGGAUCCAUUUUGUCAAAAAAAGGGAAAUCCCCUACCACGCAGAGAGAGCUGACUGUGGUGAUGCCAAACGGUCAGACCAUAGCCAUCAAAUGUGAAGUGAAAUCCAGAGGCGGAGACGUGUUUGAUAUGAUUGUCGCUCACGCCAACCUGGUGGAGCACUUUUACUUCGGCCUUGCUUACAUUGAUGAUAACGAGUUUUUCUUUGUGGACAACGAUACCAAGAUUUCCAAAGUUGCUCCGGAUACCUGGAAGAAAGUGCCUUCAACCACCUUUGCCCUUUUCUUCAGGGUCAAAUUCUUUGUCAAUGACAUUUCGACAAUUUUGCACAAGCAGACCCACCACCAGUACUACCUCCAACUCAGAAAAGACCUAUUGGAUGACAGAUUGUCCUGCCAUGAGGAGACUUCUCUGUACCUCGGAGCUCUAGCCUUGCAAACAGAGUACGGAGACUGGAUGCCUGAGGUGUAUGGUAGAAACUACUGUCGCCCUGAUCAAUAUGUCCCCAAAAGUGUGAUAGAGAAACGUGCCUUGCCUUAUAUUCUUGGAGAACUGCAACGGCUCCAUACUAACAAUGCCCAGAUGCUCUCAGAUGAGUCAGAACUUGAGUUUCUCAAGGUGUGUCUGCAGCUGCCUGAAUACGGUGUCUUGUUCCACCGUGUUACACGUGAAAAAAAGCCUGUAGAAGGAGAAAUUAUUCUUGGAGUUUGUGCCAAAGGCGUUAUUGUUUAUGAGGUGAAAGAUGGCUGCCGAAGCACCAGACAGACAUUUCAUUGGAGGGAGACAGCAACUAUCUCCUCCAAUAGGCAUAGAUUUGUAAUAGAGUGCCGGGCCAGUAAGAAGAAACACAUCUUCAUCACAGAGACGUCAAAGAUAGCCAAAUACCUGUGUAACCUCUGUUCAUCCCAGCACAAGUUCAACAAUGAAAUGAAUUCUCGUCAGCUCAGUCACAUCAUGGUCUCAGAUGAGACUACUCCUCAAUAUGCAACAGCUUGCCGGACUCAAAACAACCGGUUCAAGUCCAUCAUGGGUUCUGAGACGCCGCAAGAUAACAGUGGUCUGACCACUCCUCAACACGAGUCCCUUACAAGGCUUUGUGAGGAUGUUGCUGCCAGGAUUGAGGCCCGCUUUAAACAGCAGCGCCAGGGCCUUUAUGAAAAAAGCACAUGCUCCAGCAGUCAGUGCGACAGCACUGGCAUAGGUUCUCCAGCACGUUCUCAGAGAAGUGCAUCCAAAGUCCCUUACAGCUCACCAGCAGCCAGAGAAACUCCAACUAAGCCAUCGUCAGAGAGAGAGGUCAUAUGCGUUUCUCUAAAGAAAGACCCGAAGCUUGGGCUCGGCAUCAUGAUUGUGGGAGAGGACACAGUGGGACGUUAUGACCUGGGCAUUUUUAUUGCAUCUGUAGUGCUUGGGGGACCUGCUGAUAAGGAUGGACGUAUACGACCAGGCGGUCGCCUGAUCUCUCUGAACCAUAUCAGCUUGGAGGGCGCCACUUUCAGCGAGGCAGCGGAGGUCAUGCAGAGCAGCCCGGAGGAGGUGCAGCUCAUUAUCUCCCAGCCAAAAGCCCCCCAAACUCCAAACACUAUGCGGCCUUCAGCGUUGAGGAAUUAUGAAUCGCAAUCCACACUGAUGGCAUAUGGACAGUCAGGAAAUGACAGCUUGGAUGAGAUUGUCUCAGUCAUGAUGGAGCCAAAGACCAGCUCCAGACUACAUCCUCCCCAGGAAGUCCGCAUCCUAAACGCGCAGGACGGCUGCUCCCUUUCUUCCUGUCUGAACUGUGUGAGGUCGGAGGAGAGCACUGUGAAGCUCAAGAAGGUAGCAGGAAGUUUGGGCAUCAGCAUCACUGGUGGUGUCAACACUAACGUUCCCAAUGGCGGAAUCUACAUCAAGAGGCUUGUUCCAGGAGGGUCCGCUGAGAGAGACGGGCGAAUACACGCAGGUGAUAGGAUAUUAGAGGUUGAUGGGAUUAGUUUUCAAGGUGUCACCUAUGAGCAGGCUGUGGAGUGUCUGUGCAAAACUGGGGAGAUGGUGACUUUGGCUGUGGAGAGUGUGCCCAUGAGCUUUCCCAGGGUUUCUCUGUGCACCUACACCGACACCAGUGAACCCAAUCAUAGCGUCGAUGGAGCUACGAGGCAGCUCAGGACCAACAGCUCCUCAUCCAUUAGCACACCUUCCCACAUAUUCUGUGACUGGCCAAGAGACUACAACUUUGUUACUGACGAAAAUACACAGGAAGUGACUCUGACUAGGAGCGCCAAAGGUCUGGGCUUCAGAUUCGUUAUGUGUGAGCUGGACCCGCCCGUUCCGGACUUUGGCAGCCUGAUCCUGAUAAAGCAGCUUUUCCCCGGCCAGCCGGCCCAAUUGAGUGGCAAGAUCAAUGAGGGAGAUGUGCUUUUGGCCAUCAACGGCCACUCACUCAAGGAGCUGUCUUAUCCAAACGUACUGAAGCUGUUCAAGACGUCAGCCCCUGAGGUCCGGUUGACUCUCUGUAGGCCUUCAACAGGGAUCCUUCCAUCCAUCCAACAGCUUACAGGAACAUGAGCAAGUCACGUGUCACACUGCAGCAACCAAGAACACGUGGAAGCACUGCUUUGCUUCCUGAUCAGACAGAACCGAGAUACGAAUAUUCUUCUGCUAAACGAGAGCAGUAUACUAAAGAACCAGAUGAACUGACUGCAGGUGAAACAUGGGUGUCAGUAGUUUGUUUGUGGAGAGAAGAAGCAAAGCAAAGGUGAGGAACUGAGUACUAACUGUAUCAAUACAUAUAGUAUUUGUAUAUAUUUUUAGCAUACUUGAAUUCUCAGUCCUUAUGAUAAAUCUGUUGGGUCCCUCUUAAAUAUUUAUGGUCUAAGUGAUAACCAGCAAUACAUAAAACAUGAAAUAUCUUUAUUCAAAUGGAGCAAACUGGGUUGGUGGGAAACGUUAUAAAGCAUCUACCACAAGGUGGCAGACUUGUGCUACAAAUAGUCAGUCAAUAGUCAGUCAAAUAGUCCCCCUUUUUUUUUCUUUUUUUCUGCUACGGUUCAACGUUAUUUCUCCUACUUGCCAGUAGGUUACCGAUAGUAAAGGAAACUGGACUAUACACUUAGAAGAUGCAGCCAUUCUGGUGUUUGAAGGAUAAUUGAGCUUCUUUGCACCAUACUGUGGCUUUUCCUUGCACACAGGCACGCACGCACGCACGCACGCACGCACGCACACACAUUAGCGCGCGCGUGUGUGUGUGUGUGUGUGUGUGUGUGUGUGUGUGUAAUAAACUGAGCCAGGAACGGUAUUUAACAUUUUUAAAUGUUUAAGGUUUUGUUUGAGGAAGCUACUGUUUUCUCUUUAAAAUAAUAAUGUAAACCAGAAUUUGACUUCAAUGUGGAUGAUCCCCCCCCCCUCCCCCCGCCCUCUGUUUAUUUUUUUAUUUUUUUAAGGAAAACACUAAAUAACUAUCAAGUCAAUUUGGGCACCACAGAUACACACACACGCUUCCCUGGGGGAGGAGGAGCGAGUAAUAAAAUAAGGGUUCCUGUAUUUCGGUGAAACCCAGUAGUGCAUCUGGAUCCCAUCACAACUGGUGCUCCGUUUGCAAAUGAUCCCAAAUGUUUCUAAUUAUGCCAGUGGAGACGGCCCAAGGCUGUGUGAGUGUGCGCAUGUGUUUUUUUUGUGUGUGUAAUCGCCCUGAAGGACAUGCACACCCAAACACUGGCCUCUGUUUAUUCAUGAGCGGAGAAACAGAAAUGGACAGCGCGUUCUUGACCUGUGCAGCCUCUGCUUAGGUCACUGCACGUGGUGAUGACUGAUGAGGGAAUGGUGGAGUAUGGGCAGAUUUUCACUCAGCGUUCCCUUUUGACGUAACAGGGGGGACUUGAGUAUAAAAUUUCGUCAUAAUGUCGGAUCAUUUUCUCGUAGAAUUUGUACACUAUUACAGUAAACUAUUGUGGGCAGUGAGAGAUUUAGUUAGCUAAUUAGUCUUUCCCACAAACCUUGGUUGAGUACCAAGACAUAGUCCAGAAGAACCCAUCAAAAUUUGGUGCACAUCUUGAUGAAAAGGUGCGAACAGAGGAAUUCAUUUACACUUUUCAACAUUCGACUGAAUAUUCUCCAAGGGCGUUGUCCGUCCACAUUCGUACAUCUUACGCCGCCCUCCAUGAACCAGGAUACACAAACAAACAUUAAACUAGUACUUUUGGAGGUGUGGUGCAUGGGCAAUGGAAGAACUGGAAAACGCUGGUGAUUGUUGAAUUAUGUAUUUUUACUUUUACGGUUUCGGUGGAGAAGUUGCGGUCUGACGCCAGUCAAUCUUUUAGAUUUUUUUUAUGUAAGUUUCCUUGUGCGAUUAAAAAAAAUGUAAAUGAAUGUAAUAAACUGACCCUGUAACGGUUAUAUUAUGUGCCUGUAUAAAAAAAAAACCAUGACACUAGUGUGUGUUGAAGUCAUUCAUAAUUAAUACUCACCUAAUAAACUUAAAUAAUAAUAAAAUAACCCAAAACAUCACCAUUAUUAGUCAACAAUACCUGUCUUUUAUGGAGCCUUGAAGAAGUAACUCUGACGAACAAACCAUCAUUUUAAUAAUUCUCAGUGUCAAGAUCUUCAACCUGAAACCUCAGGACGAUGUUCACAAAGAACAAAAUCAGGAUAUAAUCCUGUCUGGUUUAGCUGCGUCCCUAACUGUAAGCAAAAAGAUUUGACAUAAUGAGAAUUAGAGCAUAGCCAUAAAAGUCGGUGGGUGUUUUUGACAACACGAGGUCAUGGAUAAACGUGAUUGCUGUAAUGCUAGCGCUGCGUGAAACACCACCCAGACAAAUGGGCACAAUGAUGCACUUUGGCAGGCCUCAAAGGCCUCGCUCAGCAUUACAAGUCAUUGUUCACUUUUUCCAUUGCAGCUACUGUGACGCACGCUCCAGUCGAGAGACAGCAAUGGAUGCUGGGUGCACGCAUCAGGCCAUUUUCCCGCUUCUAUGUCCCCUCUCAUUCGGCUAGUCCCACAUUUAAAGCGAUGGUGCUGAUACAUUAAGUGGACUGCCAUGAUUGAAAACAAACCAUGUUUUUGUGAUGGACCUUGAAUCCAUCACCAGGGCUCCAGUGCCAAGCAUCACUUAAAGGAAGGAAAAAGUACUCCAGUCCUAUUUAAGGGAAAUCCAUAAAUAUCCUAUUAGUGGCGACUGAAAACGGAUAUUCCUAGUAUAAUUACAUCCUGACCAGAAGUAUCUAAUAAUGAAACCAACAGUAAUUGAGCAUUUCUAGGGAGAAAAGCACCUAUCUAAGUGAGCCACUGAUGCAGUGAAGCUUGGAAAGGUAAACGAGGGGACGUCAUUGAAGAGGAAGUAAUCAGAAGUUAAUACAAGUUCAAUAUGACAAAUGAAUGGAUAGAGGUUGAUGAGGGCUUUUAUAUCCAUGUGUAGAUUGGUCUUCGUAGUGAAGCCAUCAUGUGUCAGCAAAGUUUAGUGUGGGAGGUCCUCCCAAGAGGAGGCUGGUUGACAAACUCGAGGGACAAAAUCUACAGCUUUUUCUACGGAAAUGAUCAUUAAACGAGUCCACUGCAUUAGGAAAGCAAAACAGCCUGAUGAGAUGAACAUGGAGCCCCAGGCUAGUUCUUCAGGUGGAAUAGACUGUAAAAGAUUUGCUCAUUUGACAACAGGAAUAUGAUACUUAUAAUACUUAACGAAAUGGAGGCGAAAGAUAGCUUCGUCAACAUUUGAGUAAAAAAAACGUUCGUCAAGAAAAAAGGCCAUGUUGGAAUUCCAACUGCACAAAAUCCCGUUAAAAAUAAGUCAUCAUAUUAGUGCGCCCCAGUAAUUCUCAGUUAUCCCUUUAUCAGAGAAGUUAAAUGGCUUUGGUUUGCUUUUUGGAAGAAAACAAAAACGUCCACCAAUACAAGACAACGUGGCAGUAAAAAAAUGGAUUAAUAUAAUCUCGGAAACACCCUUAGUCAGUCACACCCUUACCUUCGCAUCUGGUAACGAUAUACACUAAUGCAGUUUCAUUCCUCCAGUGCACAUUAAACUCAAAUGCAAACAGACCAAGACUCAUUAAUAAUAUUGGUACCCUUCCGUUAAAGAAGAAAACUCCACAAUGCUCGUUGAAAUAACUGACAAAAGUAAUAAUAGAUGAAAAAUUUCCUGAAAAGUAUCUGAUUCAGGCAUUGAUUUUCAAUUGUAGUCCAACAGAAUUAUUAAAAACAAAUAAUAAUGAAACAAGGACCGAACAAAAAUCAUGGAACCCUUGAUAAUCUGUUGCACAACGUUCUUUGGCCAGUAAUUGCCUCAGAUCUAACAAUAUCUGUAACUCUCAAAGAGACUUCUCAACAGGUAUUUUUGCCCACUCCUCAUCUUGUGUUUGUUGUUAUUUUUGUUGUUGUUUUUAAGAUGUACAUUGGCAACGGAAAGUUUUUAGACCCCCUUAAAUUUAAUAAAAAAGAAAAACUGAAAAAUCACACGGCCAUAAGUAUUCAGACCCUUUGCUGUGACACUCAUAGAUUUAGCUCGAGUGCUCUCCAUUUCUUCUGAUCAUCCUUAAAAUGGUUCUACACCUUCAUUGGAGUCCAGCUGUAUUUGAUUAUACUGAUUGGACUUGAUUAGGAAAGCCACACCCCUGUCUAUGUAAGACCUUACAGCUCACAUGAAUGUCACAGCAAAUGAGAAUCACGAGGUCAAAGGAACUGCCUGAAGAACUCAGAGACAGAAUUGUGGCAAAGCACAGAUCUGGCCAUGGUUAGAAAAAAUAUUCACUUUAGGUUCUUAAGAGCACAGUGGCCUCCAUAAUCCUGAAAUGGAAGACGUUUGGGACGACCAGAACCCUUCCUAGAGCUGGCCGUCCAGCCAAACUAAGUUAUCGGGAGAGAAGAGCCUUGGUGAGGGAGGUAAAGAAGAACCCAAAGAUCACUGUGGCUGAGCUCCAGAGAUGCCAUUGGGAGAUGGGAGAAAGUUCUAGAAAGUCAACCAUCACUGCAGCCCUCCACCAGUCGGGGCUUUAUGGCAGAGUGGCCCUAUCCUCAGUGCAAGACACAUGAAAGCCCGCAUGGAGUUUGCUAAAAAAAAAAAAAAAACCUGAAGGACUCCAAGAUGGUGAGAUGAUCUGGUGAUGGUCUGAUGAGACAAAGAUAGAAAUUGUUGGCCUAUUGUUGGCCCUAAUUCUAAGUGGCAUGUGUGGAGAAAAGCAGGCACUGCUCAUCACCUGUCCAAUACAGUCCCAACAGUGAAGCAUGGUGGUGGCAGCAUUAUGCUGUGUUUUUUUUUUUUCAGCUGCAGGGACAGGACGACUGGUUGCAAUCAAAGAAAAGGUGAAUCCGGCCAGGUACAUGGGUAUCCUGGACGAAAAUCUUCUCCAGAGUGCUCAGAACCUCAGACUGUGCCAAAGGUUCACCUUCUAAAAAGACAAUGACCCUAAGCACACAACUAAAAUACAGAAGGAGUGGCUUCAGAGCAACUCUGUGACUGUUUUUGAAUGGCCCAGCCAGAGCCCUGACUUUAACCCAAUUGAGCAUCUCUGGAAAGACCUGAAAAUGGCUGUCCACCAACGUUCACCAUCCAACCUGACAGAACUGGAGAGGAUCUGCAAGGAGGAAUGGCAGAUGAUCCCCAAAUCCAGGUCUGCAAAACAUGUUGCAUCAUUCCCAAAAAGACUCAUGGCUGUAUUAGCUCAAAAGGGUGCUUCUACUAAAUACUGAGAAAGGGUCUGAAUACUUAUGGCUGUGUGAUAUUCCAGUUUUUCGUUUUUAAUAAAUCAGCAAAAUUUUCAACAACUCCAUUUUUUUCUGUCAAUAUGGGGUGUUGUGUGUACAUUAAUCUGGAAAAAAAUUGAUUUAAAUAAUUUUAGCAAAUGGAUGCAAUAUAACAAAGAGUGAACAUUUUAGGGGUCUGAAAACUUUCCGUACCCACUGUAUGUUUUGGGUCAUUAUCUUGUUGGCGGUCACAUGACCUCCAACUGAGCUCAGACUGUCUGUCAGUACCCGACACAGAUUCAACACACACAAAGUGAACAAAGUCCAACAUGUUAUUUUAGUGACCAUCGAGUGUUUUCUUUAACAGAAGGGCGCCAACAAUUUUGUCCACGUUUGUACUUGUACUAUUUCUACUUUUUUUUUUUUUUUUAAUGAAUGGCCAAAGAUGUAUUGAUUAACUUUUGUCACUAUAAAGAACUGCAUCCAGAAUUCUGGGGAAUAUUGUUGAGCCUUGUUUGAGGUCUGAGCUAUACUGCCACUGUAGUUGUAAAUCAUCUGUGCUCCUGCUUCAAAGGUUAGGGAAGAGAUUUUCACAUCGGAAGGAGGAAUGAUACAUACAGCAGAUGUACUGUAGAAAAACUUUACAAUAAUGAUAAAAGCAGAAUGACGAUGUUUCUACAGUACUAUAAACAUUUUAUUUUUGAAUGUAAGGUGACAUUAAAAAUAUUCACAGCAAAAAAGGAUUUUACUCAGACCGUGUCAGAGGAAUAAAUUACUACAAAACCUUAUAAUCAAGCAAUUCUCAAUGUUUACAUGAUAGAAGCUACUAAUGUAUCUACCACUUGAUGUCCAAAAAUAUGUGAACAUGACGGGAAUUGAAUUAACUGUGUCUGCCUACUUCUGCAAAGUGGUACUUUGCUCCCUUUCAGACUCUAACCAUUGGGCUUUUUCAGGUUUGCUGAUUCUUUUACAUCAUGGAGAAGGUACACAAGCUACUACUUUAGCAAAUGUAUAUUUGCACAGUGAAAUAGCUAUGCAAAUGUCAUACCUGCUGUACACUGUCUCUUCUAUUACUUUACCAUUUGGGCUGUAUGAAUGCGGACAAGACCACUCGAAGCUGCAUUUGGCAUGCAACACUUCUUGUAUUCUUCUUUUGAGCCAAAGCUUGAGGUGGAGCAACAUACAAUAAAUGAUCUUAGCUAUCCCAUCCAUUUAUCUUCCCCUCAUUAUUUGGGAGUCGUAAUGACAGCAGUUUUCUUUGUCUGUGGCCACCUUCCCAAUUACCCUGAGAGGAUACUGAGGCCAACUGUGAGAUAGUUCCUCCAGUGUGUCCUAGUUCCGCUCCAAUGGCCUCCUCCCAGUUGGAAUUGCCCAGAACACCUCACCAGGGAGGUGACCAGGAGCAUCCGGAAUAGAUGCAAUCUCAACUGGCUCCUCUCCACGGGAAGAAGCACCGGCUCGACUCUUGAGCUCCUCCCAGAUGACCAAACUACUAAUCUCUGAGGGAUGAGUUGCAGCUUGAUCCUUCACCAGCUGACACUGGAUGAGCGGUACCCUGGACAAAUCAUCAUACACCGUAGAAAUAUGUAAUAGAAGGACAAUGAUCCAAGAAAAACAGACAGAAGAAUGUGGAGCUCUAAGGUUUCCACUGAAGUGUCCAUGCCCAAAUAAUAAACAUAAAAAAGCCUAUGAUACUCCAUCUUAUCAAAGUGGAGCAGUUCAAAGAAUGUAGUGGCCACCCUUCACUGCCCUCCCAGCUAUUUUCUUUAACAACUAGAUCAAGGCUUUAAAAAAGGAAUCCAAGUGGUUCUUUUCCUCCUUUCCUUUGCAAUCCCUUUACCCUCCCUCCUCUUCACCCUUAACUCUUCCUCCCCAGGCCUCUCUUUAUCCUGUCUUUGACCUAAUGAAUCUCAGAGGAUGAGCAGGUAAACCAGCAGCUGUAAAUCCCACAACCGUAUCUGUCCAUCACUUCUCAUAAAAGCCCCAUUGUAGCUGGUCAAAAAUGUUAAACGCUUUGCCAUGGAAAUGUUUUUAUAAGUGGUACAGAUCCCAGUAAAUCAUUUCAUUUCAUUAAUUUUACAAAUCACCAUCCCCGGACAUCAUUUCAAUCAACACUCAAAAUGGAUGAUUUAAAGCACGGCAUGCACAGACUAUUGCAAGAUGGAUUGGAAAUGGAAUCAAGGAACAAUCCAAGCAUUGAGGUUUUCAAGACAAGAUGUGCACAAUUUGACUUGAACUAUGGCUCAAAUGUGUCCUCACUUGUUAUUUAGUAACUGUAUUAUUCAGUUUUUUUACGAGACAAAUGAGGUUAAAUUGGUAAAACAACACUACUAAGUCUCCCAAACUGUUGCAUUAUAAAGCUCGCGCAGACAAUAUCUGAUGAUUCAUAUAAAAGUCAAGUCUGAUCUACAGAUGUUUUGUAGUCUAACGGUGGACUCUCUUUCGUGUUGAUAGAUUAUCUCUCCCAUUCAGUUGACAGCUUACCCUGUUGUUUUGGUGUUAACUGUAGAUUUGUUCGCACGACUCCACUGGGAAGCUCACCAUCAACAAGACUCACUUGGAUGUUUUAUGUCGCCUCCAACUGUAAAAAGACUAACAAGUUUUUAUUUGUAUGGUUCUCAUAAAAAAAAAUUUUUAUACUCUACAAUAUUAUACUCAGUCAUGAACCUGAAGUUUCACUGAAUGCUAACCGUAUUGAGAAUAAACAUGUUCAACUGG